CAGGUAAUUCCAUGCUCCCAAAAUGGGACAUGAAGUGGUCGUAUUUGACGUUUCUGUCAUCAGAUCCUUAUGGGAAACUCGUGUCAGGAAGCACAAAGCUUGGCAGAAGAAGGAGGAGGAAAGGCUUCAGCAAAGUGCAUUGGAAAAGAUAAAGGAAGAGUGGAACUUCUUGGUCGAGUGCAGGAGGAAAGGCAUCCCCCACGCCGUGUACCGCAAGAGCUGUUUCGUAGACAACAGCGUGAGGCUUCUGGAAAAGAUCGAACAGAAUUCUCUCGCCAGGCAGAGUUUGCUUUCCAAGGAGAGAGACAAAAGGAAGAGUCCGUUUGUGUUUGAACUUUCCGGGGAGCAGUGGCAGGAGCUCCCAGAUUCGUUGAAGGAGCAGACCCACCUGAAAGAAUGGCGUAUCAACAAUACCCUGAUUCAAAUCAUUCCUACCUAUAUUGAGCUGUUUCAAGAGAUGAGAAUUCUGGACUUGCAAAAAAACCAAAUCUCGUGUCUUCCAGCAGAAAUUGGUCGUUUGAAGAACCUGAAAGAACUCAAUGUGAGUUUCAACCAUCUGGAAAGCGUUCCUCCAGAACUGGGAGAUUGUGAAAAGCUGGAGAAACUGGAUUUGUCUGGAAAUCUAGAGUUAACGGAGCUCCCCUUUGAAUUAAGUAAUUUGAAGCGAGUUACAUUUGUAGAUAUCUCAGCAAACAAGUUUUCCAGUGUCCCGAUCUGUGUCCUGCGGAUGUCUGAUUUGCAGUGGCUGGAUGUCAGCAACAAUAACCUGGAUGACCUGCCACAAGAUAUAGACAGGCUAGAAGAAUUGGAAACCUUACUCUUGUAUAAAAACAAGCUGACCUAUCUUCCUUACACCUUGCUGAACCUAAAGAAGCUCAUCUUGAUAGUCGUCAGUGGGGACCAUUUGGUGGAGGUCCCAACUGCCCUUUGUGACGCAUCCACACCUGUAAAAUAUGUAAGUCUUAUGGACAAUCCUAUUGAUAACACAAAAUGUCAAGAUGGUGAUGAAGUGAUGGAAAGUGAACAAGAUCGCCAACAUUUUGAUAAAGAAUUUAUGAAAGCCUAUAUUGAAGAUGUUAAAGAAAGAGAACAUGUUCCCAGCUACACCACGAAAGUAUCUUUUAGCCUUCAACUGUGA